AUGUCGCUGCAGAACCUGUCCAAGUCGGCUGUCCGUGUGGGAAAGAACUAUUUGAAGGGAUACACGGACACACAGAUCAAAGUGCGUGAUGCAACGUCGAACGAUCCUUGGGGCCCGAGCGGGACGCAGAUGGCCGAGCUUGCCCAGCUGAGCCACAAUCCGUAUGUGCUAGCCACUGACCGCAGGACGGACUUUAUCGAGAUGAUGGAGAUUCUCGACAAGCGCCUAAAUGACAAGGGCAAAAACUGGCGCCACGUCUUCAAGGCCUUAUCAGUGCUCGACUACCUGCUGCACGCGGGCAGCGAGAGUGUGUGGAACUACUUCCACGACAACAUCUACAUUGUCAAGACGCUCAAGGAGUUUCAGUACAUUGACGAUGCGAGCGUUGACCAGGGCAUCAAUGUGCGCCAAAAAGCCAAGGACAUUACGGCGCUGCUUCUGGAUGAGGCCAAAAUGCGCCAGCGGCGGCGCCAGCGCUAUGAUUCUGAGACGCAGGGCGAUCCCGACGACUUUUCCGACGAGGCCGGGCGCCGCCGCCGGCAGCAGCAGCAGAGCCGGCAGACCGCCGAGGACCGCGAGCUCGAGCAAGCGCUCGAAGAGUCGCGCCGUAUGGCAGCAGAGGAGGACGAGCGUCGGCGCCGCAACGCACAGCACGACGCGGAUAUGGAGCGCGCACUGGCCCUUUCGCGCGAGGAGGAGGAGAAGCGCAAAAAGAAGGACAAUCUGAUCAACCUGGACCAGGAGUCCGAGCCGGCGUACGGUGCGCUCCAGCCGCAGUACACGUCUUUCCUCCCGGUGCAGGCGACAGGCUUCAACCCCUUUUUCCAGGCGCAGAUGCAGCAGCAAGAAAUGCUGCAGCAGCAGUACCUGCAGCAGCAGGAGUACCAGCGGCAGAUGGCACUGCAGCAAGCCGCGCAGCAGUACCAGUACAUGAUGACGCAGCAGCCGCAGCCGCUCGUACCGCAGCCGACGAGCUUCGGCUCGAACAACCCGUGGCUGCAGGCGAGCGCGCCAACACCGGCCGCGGCACCUGAGCCAGCGCCCAUGCCCGCGCCUACGCCUGCGCCUGCACCUGCGCCCGCACCCGCGCCGACCGAUACCCUGAUCAACCUCGAUGGCCCCGAGGAGCCGGAGCCGGCCCCUAUGCCCCGUGGCCCGCCGCGCGUCAAGCUGAGCGAUAAGCACGCCGAGCUGGAUCGUCUUCUGGCGUCCGGUGACGGUAUCGAUACGUUUGGCAACACAGGCGAUAUGCGACUGGGCCACACAGCGCACGGGGCAAGCUGCCGCGCUGGGGCAGACCGCGUUUGA